AUGUGUGGGCCCAGUGUUUGCAACAAACACAUUUUCUCUAACACCCGGAACCUAAACAGGGUAGCGGUAGACAAAACGGAGGCAUUUUGGGGGGUGGUCCAGCUGCAGCAAGACAUUGCCCCCUUCUCUUCCUUCCUGGCUUUGGAGGCAUCGGGUCCAGCACUAUCUUGGGCCAGGGACCCUGGCGUCUCAGCUAAUCUGUCUGAUCCUUGCAACAACUACAUUGUGUUGGAUGAACCACGGAGAUCCAUCAAUAAUACUGAUUACAUAAAAAAAUCAUACUAUACGUGUGACAUCUAUGUCACCUGGAGCGGCUGGUAUCGUCUCUUCAUUAACAACGCAAGCGCUCAUAUCUCAGACACUUGCAUUGCAAAGGGUCACUGUGGCACUGCUACCACACUGUGGAUACCUGAUGGACACCCAACAGUUGAGGAUGGAGUCGUCACUCGAGAUGUCUGUGGUCACUGGGACAAUUACUGCUGCUUUUUCAGGUCUUUUCCCAUUAGAGUCAAAGCCUGUCUAGGCGGUUAUUAUGUCUAUGAGCUGGUUAGUCCAGCUGUGUUCUGUUCAGGAUACUGUGCAGACACUGGCAAGAUUAGCACCAGCUCUCCAGCUGUCACACAAGUGACCAUCUCACCUGACCCCUGCUACAACUACACUGUGUUGGAUGAUCCAUGGAGAGCCAACAUCAGUCAGCAGUCAAACUUCUACAAGUGUGACCAGUCUGUCAGCUGGAGCGGCUGGUAUCGUCUCUUCAUUAACGGCCAGAGAGCUCAGAUCCCAGACACGUGUGUCGAGAAGUAUAGCUGUGGCACUGUUGUCCCACUGUGGAUACGUGGUGGACACCCAACAGUUGAGGAUGGAGUCGUCACUCGAGAUGUCUGCGGUCACUGGAAAAAUUACUGCUGUUAUUAUGGGUCUUUUCCCAUCAAAGUCAAAGCCUGUCCAGGCAAUUAUUAUGUCUAUGAGCUGGUUAAACCAACUUAUUGUGAUUAUGCAUACUGUGCAGAGAAGAUUUCAGAGUCAUCAUCAUCAGAAAACCCAACUGAACUCGCCUCCUUUGGAAACCGUGUGUUAAAAAACACUGAUAAACUAAUUUCUACAUUGGUGAAGCCGACGGACACAAGUACCAGUGUCAGUUUUACUCUUGCUGCUAUAGAGGUUGAAGUCUUCAUGGUUGGACCAAAGGUCACCAAAAUGCCUCGACUUGACACAACAAAUUCUUCUGUGGACAUUGAUCUCAUUGGGAUCGCCAAGAACAACAAUGAAACAAGAUCAGCUGCUGUGGCUUUCAUGAGCUUCAACACAAUGGAGAAUCUACUGAAGCCCGACUUCUUCAACACAUCAGAUGACACGAUUAAAACCAUGAUGUCCACUGUGAUCUCAGCUACUCUUCCCAAAACCACCAACACUAAACUCACCAAACCAGUCAACUUCACCCUCAAACACAUCAGAGAGUUCGACCCCAGCGGUUCUCUGUCCUGUGUGUACUGGAAUAUCAGCGAGUGGAUUGUAGAUGGUUGUUCUGUUUUAGAGACAAACAGCAGCUACACUGUGUGUUCCUGUGUUCAUCUGUCGACAUUCGCUCUCAUCAUGCAAACCAGCAGACCACCAGAGAACGAUUCACUGCUGGAGCUGUUGAAUUUGGUGUGUGUGAUCGUGGGGCUGGUGUUCUUCAGUUUGGCUCUGUUGACCUUUGCCCUUUGUCAGAGGAGGCCUGGAGUGAAUAAUGUGGCUCGGAUCAACAUCUGCAUCAGUCUUCUCCUGGCUCACCUUCUGUUCCUGCUCACACAAAAGUUCCUGAACCUCAUACGCCCCCUGCAGGUGUUGUGUGCCGUGAUAUCAGGUGUGCUGCACUUCCUCUUUCUCUCCGGCUUUGUGUGGAUGUUCACUGAAGCUGUGCUGCUCUUCAUCUGUGUGAAGAACCUAUCACAGAUCAGCUCCAAAAAGAGGGACGUGCUUAGCAGUGUAUUCCUGUGUGUGAUUGGAUAUAUGGUUGCUCUGGCUGUAGUGGGCUUGUCUGUUGGGCUUGUUCCUGAAGGCUACGGCAGCGAACAAUGCUGGAUCAAAAGGGAUAAAGAUUUCAUCUGGAGUUUUCUGGGUCCUGUUUGUGUCAUACUAGCAUUAAACAUGAUUCUCUUCAUCUACAUCAUCAUCAAACUGAGCUCAACUCUCAAAAAUCUGAAUGCUGAAGUUUCACAGAUAAAACAAAUCAAGAUUAUGGUAUUUAAAAUACUGGCUCAGUUUGUGGUUCUUGGUUGCUCCUGGAUUCUGGGUUUCUUCACUAAUGGCAGUAAGGAGCUGGAGAUCCUCUUCCUGAUCUUGAACUCCCAGCAGGGAACCUUCAUCUUCCUGGUCUAUUGUGUCCUCAAUAAUGAGGUCAGGCAGCAGUACAGGAAGUUCUUCAGAUGUCUUUGCUGUGGACUCAAACAACACUGAGGACUAAAACAUCAUGAUCAGGAAAUAAAAAAAGUGCCAUUAUUAUGUGGGUAAUUUAUAUAACAGAUUAGAUGGUUUUGGAUAUUAAAUGUCAGUCUUAGCUUCUUUCUGCAAAUGAUAGAGAAAAACAUGUUAUAUGAGAGUUUCUAUUUCUUAUCUGGUAAUGCUGUUGGUGUAAAGCUGCAAAAACAUCUUGGUUACUGUUGUAACCCCUGUUCCCUGCUGGAGAGAAUGGAAACGUUGUGUCAAAACCCCAAUGACCUCUUAGGUAUUCAGAAAAGGCCAAUGAAAUUGGCAAGCAAAAU